CAGCCUUCAGAACCUGGACUGAUUCUGGAGUAGACCUUUUUAAUCUGAUCUGAGUUGGGUUCCUGCAAGGAGCAGCAUGAGCUGGACAGUGUCUACACAGCCACAGAGGGUGGUUGUUUCUUCUGAUGAUGAUUGGUCUUCUGGGAUCUGCGACUGUUGUGAAGAUAAGAAACAAUGCUGUUUCGGCUUCUGGUGCUGUCCCUGCUUCGCCUGUCAAACCACAAAACAGUUUGGUCAGUGUAUGUGUCUCCCCCUGAUUGAUGUUUUGGGCUUCGUCCAUCCCAUCACCAUGUCCAUCAGGGUGUCCCUGCGCCACCGCUACGGGAUCAAAGGCACUUUGUGCAAUGACUGCUUGUGCUCCACCUUCUGUAUUCCCUGCGUUUGGUGUCAGAUGGCCACAGAAAUGAAGAAGAGGGAACUCCCACCUGUUCUGAGUGACAUCAUCGGCAGCAAGUGAUGCCACUGCUCUAAAGGAGCCUCGGGCAUCUCUUUUAAUUAAUAUGUUUAACAUUUUUCAUGAAUUAUGUGAUCACCCACACAAAAAACCCACACAGCAACAGCUUAUUUGCAGCUGUGAAGAAGCAGUAUGAAGGUCAGCUCUGUCUGAGGAUGCCCCUGGACCCAGUGCAAGCAGUGGAAGACAGCAGGUUCGGAACUUAUUCAUCAAAAGACUGUUCUACCCUAGAUGCACAUGGGAGCUUUACUACAGAUCAUUCCUCCCAGCAGCUGUUGAAAUCUUACCAUCACUGCUCAAUCCAAACUCAAUCAGUGUUUAUGUAUCCUGUUUUGCACAGUAUUUUCAUUCUUGUAAAUGGCCAACUGUUUUUUUUUUUUUUGCAUAAAUAUACAUACGCAUUUUACAGAUCUUUUUUUUUAAUCACAUUACUCAGUUGCACAGUCACUCGAUAGUUUUGAUGAUGGUGUUUUUAACAACUGGCUCCACAGUAUUCUUAGAUGUAAUUUCCCCAUUUGUUCCCCUUUUUUAUGUGUUUUAUGAUCUUUACCCUUGUGUGUUUAUCUGCAUGCUUUCGUUUGUCUAGCAUACAUGCCAUGUGUCAGCCCUCGUCAAAGCCCCCCCAAUCAUUCCUGCUCCCAAAAGAACACAGAACAAAAUGACUUCAAAUUCAUAAAAUUUUCCCAUAAAAUCCUUUGAGUGUCUUUUGCUGACCCAUCCGAAAUCCAUCCCAGACCAACUUCUUGAUCCAUUGAUUUUACCUACAGAGCCAACAGGUCUGUAGAUGCAGUAGACAUGAGGCUUCACUACAUCCUGCAGCACCUGGGCCCCCAGGAACCUAUGCUAGAAUCCUGCUUGAGGCCUUCACCUCUGCUCUCGUCCCUCCUGUAGGACAGGCUCUCCUAGCUGAGCAUGCCUGAUUCUAGCCUGCUUUGUGUCACAGAUUUUCUGACAGCCUAGAAGCAGCAUGUGAAGCUGGGAAAAUGUGAAGAUGGUCUCUGAUUUAAGGAAUAUCAGUACCAGUUCCAUUUUAGGCUUGUUUAGAACAAGCACUUCUAAUAACCCUCGUUACUGAGUCCAUCCUCAGCUGUUCCAUCAUGAUAUGGUGCGCUGCUGCCACCACCAGGGACAAGAGCAGGUUGCAUAAUCUGCUCUGCAGAAAGGGUGAUUGUCUGCAGUUGUCCUUCUCUUCAGAGAAUGCAUUCUGCAGGAAGGAUUGCAGCUUACCCCUCCCACUGUCAAAUCAAACUGUUUCACUCUUUUCUCUGCUCAUCAGCUCCAAAACCUCUUGCCACAAAUCGAACCUCUUCCCGGUUGUGGCUAGACUCAUUAUCAAGGCCCAAAUUUUUUACUGACACUCUCUGUUGCAAAUUAUAUGAAUGUCACCUUGACAUAAAUACUAUUUGAUUUAGUUGCAUUAUUUUGUUAUAUUUUUUAGUAUCUGUCAGGGAGCUCGUGCUCCACAAAAAGUUGCACUAUUUCCCUUUUUUUCACAUAAUUUCUAUAAAUUUCAUUGGAUUGUUACACAUUUUGAAUUUCACUUAGGUCAUGUUUGUCUAUAUUUAGCACCUUACCAUCAAAUCAGUUUCCUUGUAUAUGUUAAAUACUGCUGGACAAUACACCUUUUUUGAUUCUGAUGUGCAUCACUCAUCAUUCUGAGGUUUAUGUAAACAGCUCAUGUUUUUUUUUUUUUUGAAAUGUCUAAUGGUUUUUCAUCAACAUAUUGCAGCUGUUCCUUAUUAGCUUUGCUCAGUGAUGUAGAUCAUUAUACAUGAUGAUAAUCAUUUCUAUAUGUAAAGUAGAACAAUAUGGAAAAUGAGCAUGAAAGUUAGAAUAGUCACAAACAUCGCUUAAGAAUUACUACAUUUGGAUUGCCAUUUACAUUGGCAAUUACAUAACCGAACCCAAUGUCCAUGCAUGGCAAA